AUUAUGGUUAUUUAAGUUCAAUUUAACUGAGAUUAAUUUGUGUACAACUGGUAGGCGACCAGCCUAGUGGUUUAAAUUAUUGACUGAAAAAUGAACUUGACUGUAGGUCGACGGUUCGAUCCUAGAAGAGCAUAUAUUUUUUUAUUUGCGUUUUGGACUCUCUCGGGUCGUUUUUGGUGGUAAACGCGUCAAACGACGACGUCGGGGUCGUUUUAGCGGGCAGAGGAUAUAAUUGUGGUUAGUAACACAAACCCUAACCCUAGCUUAUUUCCGCCGCUCCUCUCUUCUCCCAUGGCAAAACCGAAAUGAAGAAAGAAAAUCCAGACAAACCAAAUCUCAAUUCGCUCUUCCUUCUGUUUCUCCCUUCCGAUCCUAUCUCCGACUUGCUCUCUUUCUCGUCUCGCCCAAAACACCAUCUCUCCUCCUCUUUGUCGAGACGAGUAGAGGGCCCGACGACAGGCAGAUCGACGGCCACUGUAACCAGGUGGUCGCCGGCGAAGACAACGACGAAAUGGGAAAGGAAGGAGGAGAUGGAGCAGGCGCCGACGUUUCACUCUCGGCACCGCCGGCAUAUCGUCAGUUGGGGCUUCUGAUUUGUGAUUGGACGAAGGAGAUAAGGUGGCCGACGACAGAGGCCUGGCAGUGACGGGUGAGGGUUUCGA